UUUAUCCUCCCUCGCGUGAUGGUCCCUUCCAGAUAAUGGUCAGAGCUUCAAUGCCCCACUUUAGCCACGCAGGGUCCCGCGUUACGAUGACCCCCCAUCCUGAAGCAUUCCCGUCUGGUGAAACCACAAUUACUCUUUAUCGCCUUUCUCAUACUUUCAGCAUCCGCAUAAGAGCUUUCUGCGUCCCCGCUUCACUCGCUCUUGCCGUCUAUACCCCGAAGAUACGCGUAUACUCCUAUUGACCCCUCUCACCGACUCCGACUAGAGUACUAGCCAUGAGCGAACUCAGCGUCUAUGACAACGAUCCAACGAUCUACCUCUUCACAUCAUUGACUGCCGGGUCUUCACACAUCAUCACAGCUACAUCGCGGAUCGAAACCAUUCUAAAAGCGAACAAGAUACCGUUCAAGUACAAGGACACGGCAACGGACGAGCUCGCGAAGAAGUUGUUCCAACGCAGAGCAAGUGGGAAGAAGUUGCCACUUGUAGUCAAGGAGGGAUAUGUGCUCGGCGGCAUCGAGGAGAUCGAAGAAUGGAACGAGUACGAUGAGAUUAGAGAAGCGUUAGGCGUCACCUCAGCAUUCACGGCCUUCCCCGCGAAACCCUCAGCACCAACUGGCGCCGCACCAUCGUCAUCGUUUACAGCUACAAAGAAGGAGGACACUGCGAAGUCAGAUCCAGAGCAAAACCUCGCGAUUCGUCAACUGGGUGCCGAGGCCGCGAAGGUUGCUGCGUCGAGGAAGCAAGCACCAACCAAAAUCGCUACUACGAACCCACUGCUAGCUGAGAAGACGAAUACACCGACAUCUGCGACACCUCAGAAGACGAACACACCGACCUCUGCGACGCCUCAGAAGAUGCCUGUGAAAGCGGGCGCAAGCAGUAUUCUCUCUCCACGCUCGAUACCACUUCCUCAGACACCUAAGCUUGCCUCUUCGACCACAAAAGAUAAAAAGCCACAGGUAACGACCGCCCAACCUAAGACUUCUAAGCUCGCCUCGUCCACCACAAAGGAUAAAAAACCAUCGGCAACCAAGGCCCAAUCUAAGACUUCUAAACUCGUCUCCUCGACCACAAAGGAUAAGAAACCACAGGCAACCAAGGCCCAAUCUAAGACUUCUAAGCUCACCUCCUCGAUCACAAAGGGUAAAAAGCCACAGGCAACCAAGGGCCAACCUAAGAUUCCUAAGCUAUCCGAUCUCCAGAAACCCGUACAAGCGCCUCCCUCAAUGCACGAUGACGCUGCGAACCCAGCUCUCAGCGCUGGUCCAAUAUCUAAGACACAGAAGGAGCUAAAGGGAGCGAAGGUAGACGACGCAAGUAAGAAGGAAACGAAGAAGGUCGAGCAGGCGACUGUAAUAGAGGAGGAGAGUAGAGAGUUCAGAUGAGGACGAGGAUAGUGACGAGGAAGAGGAGAGCUCAGAGGAGGAGGAAGAAAGUGAUGAAGAGGAAGGCAUAAAGAAGGAAAGUGCAAAGAAGGGAAGCGCAAAGGAGGAGGGUGACGAGGAGAGCAGCUCCGAGGAAGAUAGCUCGGAGGA